UAUUAAUACGAUUCCUACUAAUAAAAACUAUAAAACACACUAGGGAUUACUAAGUAUUAAUGAGCUGGUGGAUUCAUGAAUAUUAAUCAGGUGUUGUGUGUUCGCUCUAACUGAUUUGCUGAAAUCAAAACAGGGACUAUAAUAUGUGCCAGCCAAUGAGAUUGCCGUUCGUGCAUUAACCCCACCUACUAACGGAAACCCAGCUGUUCUUAAGAGCUGAUGUCUUCCAUAGGAAAGGUGUUAUUUUGACAGGAAAAUAGAACAAAUAAUAUUGUUUAAAUGUAGCACGUCAAUCCCCUCUCUCUCUCUCUCUCUCUCUGUGAGUGUGAGAGAAAGCGACUGCGAUUUGUUCGCCUUAACAGAGUUUAUGGUACAUUACAUACAGGUGCAGUUUGCUUAUUAUGCCUUAAAAACAAUGAUAAAAAAACUGUCCAUAUAAUCUAAAAUGUUGCAGAAUACUGAAGGAAAAUGAACUUACUGGGGUUUGACAGAGACAUGAGCGGAAACUUGUGCGCGAUAACAAAUUCAAUUCUUCACGCGAUCUUGUAUAAAAUGAGCGUGUGCUAUAAACUUCAGCUGCAAACACUGCACUAGAAACAACGCCACCGUUUCGAGCCCAGUUUAUACCGCCUUUCUCCACGGAGCUGCUUCGGAUGAUAUUACACUUUAUUGCGUGUUGUACACACACCAGGGAUAGAAAUUAACAGUAUGCUAUUUUUAUUUACUCGCCACGGUGGCCGAUAGGUGAAGAGAGUUUACCCGCCACAACACAAAAUCACCCGCAUUUGGCUGGUGGCGGGUGCUAAUUUCCAUCCCUGUAUUAUAUACACCGACUAAUAAAUUAAAUGAUGUUUAGCAAACAGUGAGGAAUCAAGAAAGAAAGAAAGAAAGACACCAUAGUGUAAAGUUAGUUUAAUAGCAAAGAUAACAUGACUUUUUAAAACAAAAAGAAAAGUUAAACUAAACUGGCUGUAGGUGACUUCUAAUUCUAGGAUUUUUUCAACUGGGGUGCACAAGAGGGGGCACAGUUAAUACUGAGGGGCCAAUCUGUUGUGCAUUUGGUCACUAUAUUUUAAGAUCAAAAUCUUGCUAUUAACAAACCACGACUUUUGUCUCAAUAAGCUCCUAAUAUGAUGCUUAUUAAUUGUAAAUUAAGUUUAUGUAUUAGGUAGGAUUAGGGAAGUAGAUGGUCAUGUAAAAUACAUUCUUUAUAAUUACUAAUAAACGGAAAAUAUAUUACUAAUAAUGCUAAUAAUCAACUAAAGUGAGAGUUUCUUAAAUAUUAAAUUAUGCAGAUAUAUUAUGUAUAAAUUACUACAACUCUAAAUUAUUUUAUUCACGCCGAUCACUCAUUGUGUAGGUAACUGAUUUACACAUUCCUAGUUAUCCAUCAACAUGUUCAUUAUAAAGUAAUACAUUUUUUUUUUUUUUUUUUUUAACUGAAGAUAAUUUGUUAAAGUUUGACAUUCGUCACAAUUUAAACUACAAAACAUGAUAUUAAUGCUUAUAAUCAAGAUUAUUAAUGGGGAUCUAAAGACAAUCAUAAAACACAAGCUGCAUAUACAAAAUAUCUUCAUAAUUUCUAGAUAUUAAAGCCAAAUUAUCAAUAAGAAACCAUUUUUUCAUGUAGUGAAUGAUGUUUGUUUGCAGUGAUAAUGUUCGGAUUGCGAAUUGUGCAGCCCUACUACGCCAAAUGUAUUUUUAUGAAUACGGUUUCAAUGUGUUUAUAUCCAAACAAACAAUAUUCAUUGAUUCUCUCUACCCCUGUGUUGUUCUGCACUUGCACAGGGUCAUGCAGCCGCAGAUACUCUGAUCAGAGGCGCCAAGCGCUGCUGCUUCCAUGUCUUGCAGUUUGGAUAGGCUAUUAGUUAAUGGCACAUUCAUUUUCUAAAAUAAUUUUUUAAGGUUUAAUCACAGAGAUAAACAGUACGAUCUGAUUCACCAUCUCGCUUGCAUUAUCAAUUGCGUGUCGUCAGAAAAAACAAACAAACUGGAUUUUCUGCUAUUUAUACUACUUGUUGCAAAUAGUGGCAAUAUCUGCACCUCAAUAUUGUAGUACAUUAUUAAACAGUAUGCAAUAAUAACUUAUUGAGUGUAAAUUUUAAUUCAAAAUAUUAAAUGGACGUCACCUUAUUGGGAAAAUAAAGCCCUCCCACACCUAGCCUACCCGAUACUUUAUUUUAAACUUUUUGAUUAUUUCCUUCAUUUUCAUUGAAAAUAAAUGCAUUUCUGAUUUAAUUUGAAAAGGUAGAAAGUUCACCAUUAGGCAGAUUCGAACCCUGGCCGAUCACGUCAAAAGAACAUGACUGGGAUUUUACCAUCUGCGCCGACAAGAAUCAGUUGUCUUUUGUAAUUUUUAAUAGCUGAUUCACACGUUGGUGGGCAGAGUUCGUGUAAGUAAGCUAAGUGACAUGCAUGUAAACUUAUUGUAGGAGACUCCCGAAACAAUACUCUUUACCUCAGAAAUGGUACAAUGGGAAACUUUAAGAUCAUAAAAAUAUCGAAGCUAAAAGUUAUCAUCAAGUUAUGGUAGCUACAAAAGUAGAGUGAGGGGGCACUAGCAUCUGUAUAGAGAGACUAAAUAAUUGUAUAAAUUAAAAUUUUAGAAUAUACAUUUAAAAAAUUAGCUUUAUAUCAUUUUUAUGAUUUUUUUUUUUUUUUUAUGAAAUAAGAAUUUUGAAUAAUGAAAAUUAGUUUGUGUCUGCUUAAUCUGUUUAUUAGUGUUUGAACCAUUAAAGAAACCCAAUUUUCCGUAUUUCAUUUCUGGGUUAUAAAAAUUAAAAACUAAUGGAGGCAAAAGUACAAGUUCUUUACAUGGCUUAUUGUGGUUAAUAACUUUUUAACAUCAAGCACGUCCUGCACUUUUUCUCAUUCAUGCAUGCAUGCUUCUUAUCGCUUUGAAGUGUCAGUAACUUUUAACAGUCCUGCACUGCAUGUAUAUAUUUUCUUAACGUGACAUACACAUUGUAGCAAAAUCUCUAUUAAUUAUUACACGCUACUUGUUAUAUGACAUACUGUUCUACAAGAACAAAUAAAACAAAAGGGCGUCUACAUCAUAUAUCUUGCCUGUUCUGUUGUUCAUUCUUGUUAGGCCUAAAACUAUGUAUUGUCUUCUCCACUCACAGGUUCUUGCUCGUGCAGUUGAAGGAUUUUUGUGGAGAAUUUCUCAAGAGGAAGCUCAGCCUCGGCAACUGUGUGGCCGUCCAUAGCCUUGCACACAUGUACACUUUGGACCAGCUUGCCUUACGUGCUGCUGACAUGAUUCGUCGUAAUUUCCAUAAAGUCAUCCAGGAUGAGGAAUUUUACACGCUUCCAUUCCAUCUGGUCAGAGACUGGCUGUCAGACGCAGAGAUUACUGUUGACUCUGAGGAGGUUUUGUUUGAUGCAGUAGUCAAAUGGGUUCAGAAGAACUCAGAAGAACGGGUGAAGUAUUUUGAGGAGCUUUUUCGUCUUCUCAGGCUGCCACAGAUAAAGCCAACGUAUCUUACAAGAGUUGUGAAGAAUGAGCCUUUGGUCGCGCAGAAUGCAGCCUGCCUACAGCUUGUGUCAGAGGCUGUGGAGGGUCAUGCGAUCCGCUUUGAGAACCUCAAAUCAGCAGAUACAGAGUUCUGGGCAUCAUACAUGGCCACAUUCCAGCCAAGAUUUGGCCAGAACAUGGAUGUCAUCAUGGUGGUUGGCGGAGUCUCUGAAGGAGGUGACUACCUGAGUGAGUGUGUAGGGUACUUUGUAUACGAAGACCGUUGGGUCAAUUUGCCACACAUCCAUAACCAUCUGGAUGGUCACGCUAUUGCGGCCACUGAUACCCAUGUAUAUGUGGCUGGGUCCAUGGAGCCAGGAUUUGCCAAGACAGUGGAGCGCUACAAUCCAAAUCGCAACACUUGGGAACAAGUGAGCAACCUCACCACACGCAAGCAUUCCUUUGGCCUCACCUGCAUCAAAAAUAUUCUGUAUAGUAUUGGCGGUCAUGGCAACUUCAGCCCUGGCUUUAAAGAUGUAAGUGUCUAUGAACCUGACCAAGACAAGUGGCACAACCUAGAAUCUGCUCCUAAGAUUUUGAGAGACGUCAAGGCUAUUAGUGUCGAAGAUCGAUACGUUUAUGUCACAGCACGGACGCCCAUAGAUACUGACAGCGAUGAUGGAUUGAAGACGGUGACUACUCGCUAUGACACUGACAGUCGCCAGUGGCAAGAAGUCGAUUCCUUACCACUUAUUGACAACUACUGCUUGUUCCAAAUGGCUGUAGCAUCGACUAACUUUUACCACACGGCUUCUUGCUGUCCCAAGAGUUACACUGAUGUACGUGACGAUGUAGCUCGUCAGAAGAUCAGCGCAAGGAUAUCUGAUGAUAUUCUUGAGAGCCUUCCCCCAGAAGUUACUAGUAUUGAGGGUGCUGCCAUCUGCUAUCUUGGUGAUGAUGUGUUUGUGAUUGGUGGCUGGAAGAACAGUGACGAUGUGGAUAAGCAGUAUCGCAAGGAGGCGUACCGUUAUUGUGCUGAGCGCAAACGCUGGAUGCUUCUGCCACCCAUGCCUCAGCCACGCUGUCGUGCCACAUCAUGUCACGUUCGCAUUCCCUACCGCUUUCUAUACGGCUGUCAGCGUUACCCAAUGCCUCAAAAUUUGGCACGCCAGAGGGACCGUAUGCAGCAAAUGCAACAGUUACAUCGGCGCACAUUAACUCUACGCAGGCAGUUACAGUCACAGAUUGAAUGCUGAGAAAAAAAAAAGAAAAAAAAACUGCUGCAAAAUCAAAAUAAUGUAGUGUCUUGAGCAUUCUCAUGAUCCCAUACUUAUUAAAAUGUGUAUUAUUUGUUUACUUGUGACAUUUCAUCACUGGGCGAGUGAAUGAAAUGGCUGAAGCCAGUAAAGAGAGUAUUUUCAAUGUGACUUUGUAUAAUGAAAUCAUAUAAAUAUGUAAAAAAGAUACGUUUGUAAAUAUCUGUACAGAUGAAAUAUUGUUUCAUGGCCUUGCAUGAAUUUGCCAUUUUUCCCAGCUGUAAUCAAUCAGCAGUUCAAAGCUACUCAAAUGUUUUGAACAAACCAUUAAUAACUACAGAAAGAACCACUGCAUCUUUAUUCCCUUCACUUGUAAAUUACUUGUUUCUGGUCUUAAUUGUGAUGAUUUUAUUUGUCUUGCACAUGUUUGUCAGUGCAAUUCUUUCACAUUUUUUGUGUAUGUGCAAAAAUGCAUUCUUCACAACUACAAGCACUUAAUUUCAGCAUUAGCCCUUGUCUUAAUCUUUAUUCUUAUAGUUUAAAUUGAUUAUUUUUGUUAUUUUUUUCAGCUUGAAAGCACAGGGAAUAAAGACUAUUAUGGCAUCAGUUAUUGACAAAUGAAGCCUACACUGAAUAUAAUUGCAAAACCAUAGAUGUUCAGAAUAUAGUCAAGGAUUCAUUACCUCAGUGUCAAGGGCAGGAUUCUGUUACUUAAAAACAAUUUGUCAUUGGUUUUGCUGUCUAUGCCAGUUUGAGAUCUCUCAGCUUGAUUUAAUUAUUUUCAUUCAUAUAUGUGUUUAGCAACCUCAUCAGCUUGUGCUCUGUCAUGCAAUGCCUGUCAAGAAUUGUUAACAUUUCCCGUCAGUCAACUGUAAUUGUCCAUUCCAAUUUUAAUAAGGUACCUGCAUCCAUGUCUUUGUUACAUGUAUAACACUAUUUAUAAAAUAUAUAUAUUUUAUUGGGAAUAUUUUUUUCUUUCAUCAACAUUCCCUCUUUGUAUUUCCUCAGUCUUUUUGUUCCCGGUCUUUUACAUAGAUGUCUUAUUACAAGAAAUCUCUGUGCAUUUCACAUGGGUGAAAUUUUUUCCAGUGAUCAUUGGCACCAUCUAGACCAGAAAACAUUUCACAAUGUUUGCUUGAAGAACAUUUAACUGUUACUGCACUCCAUACCAAAGUCUUUAAGUAUGCCAUCUUAGAUUAACUAAUUUUACACUUCAAUGUUAAAAUCUCUACACAAUGCAAGAUAGAAAUGGCUUUGACAAUGUAUCUGUAGCUCUCGUCUUGACUUGUGUGGAGUUCCAUAGUCAUUUCACACGGGGAAAAAUGCUGUGAGACAUACAUUGAUCACAUUAUUAAGCCUUUUUCAAACAUUUUCCUGCAUAUUGGAGACUGUAGAAUCUUAGAUAUUGUAUUUACUCAAUGGGAAAUGUAGGUUUUGUGUCUCUCAUGUUGAGAUGUGGUUUAAUAGUGUUUAAGAUCUAUAUCAGUUUCUUUCCUUCUUGCACAGAUAAAGAUUGUGUAUGUAUGUAUGUAUGUAUGUGCGUGUCCAAAGUGUCUAACAAUAAGAGUAUCAAGGCUGAGAUGUUACCUUGAACCCGCUCUCAUUGUUGUAAGGGUGUAAAAGUAUUUUAGGGGUGAAUAUAGUUCUUUGCAUGUGUUGUAAAGUAUGCACAUGUUGUGGAUCUCAGUGAUUGCAAUACAUAUUUAUUAAAAAUCUGAUAUUGUCCAAGA